AUGUGGAUAGCUGAAGUGCCGAGAAGAAAGGGUCGUGGCCUGGCUAAUUCGAAGCCACUUGAAAUUCGACGGCGAAAUGCCGGGAAACCACUAGAUCUUCAGCUUGAUCCUAGGACGGACAAAGUGGUUGGCUUGGAGGACCAAGAUUUUGUCCGCGAGAUAGGCCUCCAAGUCACUUUGUUGUUGCCAGGACAUUACUUGGAUUUCGCUGAUGUACCUCAACAAUUUAAGGAACAAGUCGUACAAAGGAUGAAGUAUUUUUAUAAUGUUGAUGGUCAUCCAGAACCCGAGAGAGUUAUGAAAACUAUCUACACAGAGAUGCGCAAAAGAUAUUCUGAGAGAAAGAACAUCAGACAUACUCACUUCAAAAAAUAUUACUCUAAUCCGGAAGAUUUGCAGAGUGUUUUAGUUGCCCCACCUGACCAUUGCUCCAAGGAGAGUUGGAAAGAUAUUGCUCAGUUAUUAAUAGAGGCGGAACCCGCCGGUAAUAAACGGGUCAAACGGGGGUCAGCGUUGCACAUCACCGGCGGAGUCCCGCCUCUAUUAAUCCGCUGGUAA